AAACGGGAUUACGGAGACUCGGACUCCACCAGCCGCUCCUGGUCGGACUCUGGGGGACGACGGGGCACCGUCCUCCUGCAGACUCACACAUAAACACCCCUCCUGCAGGAUGAGGGGUGCCAGGCUGAUGGGGGCACUGCUCGCCUUGGCCGGCCUGCUGCACGUGGCCCUGUCCCUAAAAAUAGCAGCCUUCAAUAUCCGGACUUUUGGGGAGACCAAGAUGUCCAAUUCCACGCUCUCUCACUACAUCGUGCAGAUCCUGAGUCGCUACGACAUCGCCAUCGUCCAGGAGGUCAGAGACAGCCACCUGACAGCCGUGGGGAGGCUGCUGGAUGCUCUCAACCGGGAUGACCCAGACACCUAUCAUUACGUGGUCAGUGAGCCUUUGGGCCGCAGCAGCUACAAGGAACGCUACCUCUUCUUGUUCAGGCCUGACCAGGUGACCGUGCUGGACAGCUACCAGUACGACGACGGCUGCGAGCCCUGCGGGAAUGACACCUUCAGCCGCGAGCCCGCCAUCGUCCGGUUCCACUCCCCGCUCACCAAGGUCUGGGAGUUCGCCAUUGUUCCGCUCCACGCGGCCCCCCUGGACGCAGUGGCAGAGAUGGACUCGCUCUAUGACGUCUACCUGGCUGUUCGGCAGAAGUGGGACCUGGAGGAUGUCAUGCUCAUGGGUGACUUCAACGCUGGCUGCAGCUACGUGGCCCCCACCCAGUGGGCCUCCAUCCGCCUGCGCACAAGCCCGGCCUUCCAGUGGCUGAUUGCCGACACUGUGGACACCACAUCCACGGCCACGCACUGUGCCUACGACAGGAUCGUGGUGGCCGGAACGGUGCUCCAGCACGCCAUCGUUCCAGACUCGGCUGCCCCCUUUGACUUCCAGGCUGCCUACGGCCUCAGCAGCCAGCUGGCCCAGGCCAUCAGCGACCAUUACCCGGUGGAGGUGACGCUGAAGAGGGUCUGACGUGAGCGGAG